AUGAUCCCUCUAGAGAAGCCGGGCGCCGACGACUCUCCCCCUGUCGCCGCCUCAGGCCCGGCCCUCCGGGGUUCGAGCGUGUUGCGCCGGUCGCCGCCCCAGGCCCGCGGGCUGCUAAUGGAGAUCAGCGCUACCGUGCGCACAGAGCCCUUUCAGGACGCCUACAGCCUAAGCCCUGGCCGGGAGUUGGGCAGGGGGAAAUUUGCAGUGGUGAGGAAAUGUAUAAAGAAAGAUUCUGGAAAAGAAUUUGCAGCAAAGUUCAUGAGAAAAAGAAGAAAAGGCCAAGAUUGUCGGAUGGAAAUAAUUCACGAGAUUGCUGUACUUGAACUAGCACAGGACAAUCCUUGGGUCAUUAAUUUACAUGAAGUCUAUGAGACGCCAUCAGAAAUGAUCUUAGUUCUGGAAUACGCUGCUGGAGGUGAAAUCUUUGACCAAUGUGUUGCAGACAGGGAUGAAGCCUUUAAAGAAAAAGAUGUUCAAAGACUCAUGAGACAAAUUUUAGAAGGUGUUCGAUUUUUACAUACUCAUGAUGUAGUUCAUCUGGAUUUGAAGCCUCAGAAUAUUUUGCUGACAAGUGAAUCUCCAUUGGGUGACAUUAAGAUAGUUGAUUUUGGCCUUUCAAGAAUAGUGAAGAACAGUGAAGAGCUCAGAGAAAUUAUGGGAACUCCUGAGUAUGUAGCUCCUGAAAUUCUUAGUUAUGAUCCUGUCAGCAUGGCAACAGAUAUGUGGAGCAUUGGAGUGUUGACAUAUGUCAUGCUUACAGGGAUAUCGCCCUUCUUAGGCGAUAACAAACAAGAAACAUUCUUGAACAUCUCACAGAUGAAUUUAAGUUAUUCUGAGGAAGAAUUUGAUGUUGUGUCAGAGUCAGCUGUUGACUUCAUCAAAGCACUUUUAGUUAAAAAACCUGAAGAUCGAGCCACCGCUGAAGAAUGUCUGAGACAUCCAUGGUUGACACUGAGCAGUAUUCCAAGUCCUUGUCUCAGGCUGAAAGGUACAUUAGAAGAAGCAAAUGCCCUCCAAGAAGAUGAUUCUGUGCCUGAAUAUAAUUCAGAUACUGAGAAACCAGAAACCAAGGAAACAGUUCUAACAGAGGAGUUAAUUGUAGUUACUUCGUAUACUUUAGGACAAUGCAGACAGUCUGAAAAAGAGAAAACGGAGCAAAAGGCCAUUUCCAAACGAUUUAAAUUUGAAGAACCUUUGCUGCAAGAAAUUGCAGGAGAAUUUAUCUACUGAGUAGUAUUUCCCUUUAGAACUUUAAGAUUCCUACACUGAAAACAUUAUUUAUGGACCUUUGGCCAAAUGAUACAUGUACUGAAAGUGGAUACCAGGUGUUCCUGAUUCAAACUAAAAUAACUUUGUCAAACUUGUGGAGUUAGGUGAAUCAAGCGAGAUUCAUAAUGUUGCCUGCCAGGUGGUUUAACAGGUAUAGCUAUCUGUUUCAAUGUGUUUUUGAGAAGGGAAAUGUUUGUACCUUUUAAUUCUACAUCCUGUUUCUCCAGAUUGUGAAUUUGUCUGCAAAGUUAUUUGUACUUUUUGUAUUUGCUUUCUUCAAAAAUCCAGUAAAAGUGCCAAAAUUA